GGUUCAUCUGCUGUACAAGGACCCCUCUGUUAGCUCAGCUCCUGUGCCACAGCAGGUCAGAAACACCCACCAAUCCACGCUUUCCCCUCAUGCUUUUCCUGCCUGUAUCUGUUACCCCAGUGCUGCAUACCGAGAGCUGUAACCCUUUGCAGACCGAGCCCGUUUUUACUGCUAUGCAGAUCCCAGCACAAAGCCCGCUCCCGGUGCUGUUGCUAAGCUGCCAUAACGAUGCAGUAACGCUUUGUUUUGUGUUCCGGCAGCACACGUCGGUUCGCCCAGAUCUUCACCUGCACUAUGUGCAGGCCUGUCAAAAAUCGGGCCAGCCUGAAAACCCCUUCGUUGCUCAUGUGCUUCAAGAAGCUGACAAAAAUGAUGAAAUUAGAUGUACGAAAGGGAUCACAUUAAAAAUAGCUGGAAAUAAUCACCCAGUGCCUGUGCAGAGAGUUACAGAUGAUGAUCUUGGAGUUCUUGCCUCUGUCUUACGCCACGCUGCAUUUGUCAAAGGUUUGGAUCUUGCUUAUAAUGUAUUGACUGAUGCUGGAGCAAAGACCGUGGCAACAUUCCUCCAGGAGAACUCCUCUCUGCAGUACCUGAACCUCAUGUUUAAUGACGUUGGCACAAGUGGGGCAGAGCUGAUAGCAGGAGCACUUCAUAGGAAUAGAAGUCUUGUGCACAUGAGAAUGACUGGAAACAAAAUAGGAAACCAAGGUGGGAUGUUCUUUGCUUCAAUGCUGCAAAGUAACUCAACCUUGCAGAAGUUGGAUCUUGGAGACUGUGAUCUGGGCCUGAAGUGUCUGAUAGCAAUAGCCACAGCCCUGACUCAGAACAAAUCCCUCAGAGCAAUAAACCUAAAUCGUCCCUUACUGUACAGCCAAGAGGAAGAGACCACAGUCCAUAUAGCUAAGAUGUUGAAGGGCAACUCUUCUCUCGUGGAGCUGCACUUGAGCAAGCAUGAAAUGAAAAACUUUGGUGUAGAGCGACUGUGUGAGGCCCUGUAUGUAAACUCCAGCCUGAGAUACCUUGACCUCAGCUGUAAUAAAAUAACCUCCGAUGGUGUAAAAUUCUUGGGAGAGCUGCUAAAACGGAACCAAAGCCUGGUAAUCCUGGAUCUGAAUGCAAACAGAAUAGAAGAUGUUGGAGCCACAUACCUGAGUGAAGCCUUGACUGUGCACAACAGGACUCUGCAGGCGUUAGUAUCUGCACAGCUUCCCCAGGGACUGCAGGUGUAGGGAACCUGGACUUGGCAGUGGCAGAACUGGCAUCAAAGCUGUGUGUUUUGAUGUUGAUCAAAAUAGGAAAGUCAGGAAGUUCCAAAUAUUUUGGUCUAUUUUUCCUUCUUGGGGAAAGAAACCUGCGAGUGAGAGACUGGGUGGGAU